AUGUUAACGUCGUUAGCUGAAGAUUGGAUAUCGAGAGGUACGACAAACAGCAAGGUCAUAAGUUUAAAUCUUACAAAUUUAUUCAUAUUAAUGAUAUUAAAAGCCAUCGUUUUCGGUGCUGGAGCCUUCGGUUUCGGACCGCAACAUUAUAAUUAUGGAAGAUCGUCAUCGUCGUAUGUUGAUGACGUCAUACGCGACAACGGGAAUUUUUUUUUUAAAAAUUCAAAAUUUUUAACCGAAUCUGAACUUUUAAUGAUGUUGGGUUAUCUAAGAGGUGAUAAGACUCAAGAUUAUGAUUGCAUGAAAAAAAUUGCUUGCCUCGAUCCGAUAAAAGCAGAAGAAUAUGCAUUUACUGGAAGAUUAUUUCUCAAAGGAUAUCAAUAUCUAACCGAGCCGUUUAAUAACACGAAAUAUUUAAAUGCCCUUUCACACAUGGAUGAAGCCAUUAAUUAUGGUAUUUCCGGUCGGAAUUGUAUGGAAAAGUAUACUUGCCGGAUAAGUUGA